AUGAACCUGGAGGGAGUGGGAGACGAAGUGAGGUACCGCGCUUUCCCGGUCACUCUGGCGGGACCUGCAAUACGGUGGUUUAACAGCCUCCCACAGGGCUUGGUGGCCAGGUUUUUGGACAUUAGCCGUGCUUUCCUAGCCCAAUUCACUACCCGAAUCGCGAAGGCGAAACACCCGAUUAACUUACUCAGGGUGACACAAAGGCCUGGCGAGCCGACUAGAAAAUACUUGGACCGGUUCAAUGAUGAAUGUUUGGAGAUCAACAGACUAACUGAUUUGGUGGCCAGUCUGUGCUUGACAAAUGGACUUCUGAAUGAGGAUUUCAGGAAGCAUCUCACCACAAAUCCGGUAUGGACGAUGCAAGAGAUCCAAAGCGUAGCCAGGGAAUAUAUCAAUGAUGAAGAAGUUAGUCAAGUCAUGGCAGCCAACAAACGGCAGCCUGCCUGCAAUCAACCUCGGCAGCACGGUGGCGGGGAAAGGUCGAAGGAGCACACUAGAGACGGUGGGCCGAGCAAGACAUCCAGGCCAUUUCCCCGAGUUGGAAAAUUCACCAACUAUACCCCCCUCACCGUUCCCAUCAUAGAAGUUUAUCAGUAG